GGCAGAUCCAAGGGACGCAACUAGAGGGCGUGGGCACCGGCAGAUCAAUGGAGCGAACGAGCGAAGAAAGAAGAAAGAAGAGGACCACCAACGCAACGCAACGAGCGAGUCUCGAAAACGCAUCGCAUCGCGUCUCACACCAACUCCAAUGCACGCCACGCCACGCCACAAUUACAAUUAUACUCCACACUCCGGUAGGCGAAGCCGAUUGAGAAAGCACCAACCACACCACACUGGUCUCUACCUUCCUUUCUUGCUUUCUCUCCUGCUGCUGGUUGCGUCUGCCGGUGCCGGCAUUGCCAUUCGUCGGCGUCAUUGAUGUCGGAGGGCGCAGCAGGGACGACGAGGUUGCCGGAGUGGCUGGAGACGCUGCUGUCGACGCGCUUCUUCCUGGCGUGCGGGGCGCACCCGGCGUCGCCGCGGAACGAGUGCAACAUGUUCUGCCUCGACUGCCCUUCCCCCUCCCCGCCCUUCUGCUACUACUGCCGCUCCCACCGACACCAAUCCCACCGAGUCAUCCAGAUACGGCGUUCUUCCUACCACGACGUGGUUCGGGUGACGGAGGUGGAGGACGUCCUCGACAUCUCCGGCGUCCAGACCUACGUCAUCAACAGCGCCAAGGUCCUCUUCCUCAACGAGCGCCCCCAGCCACGCGGCGCCGGAGCCGCCGCCGGCAAGGCCGCCGCCUCCCCCUACAACUGCCAGAUCUGCGCACGCGCCCUCCUCGACCCCUUCCGCUUCUGCUCCCUCGGUUGCAAGCUGGUGGACACCAAGACGGGUGGUCGCGGGGCCACCGUGCAGCCCGGCGAUGCGACCAAUGACGAUGCCGCCGCCGCCGGCGGCAGCAGCAAGAACGGCGGCGCACGGCCGCAGGGGAGGCGGCGCAAGGGGAUUCCCCAGCGCGCCCCGUUCGGUUCGUGAGUCAUCGUCAUCAACAUCACCAGGUAACGCAACGCAAAGCAAAGAACCAACAAUUAAGAAAGCAAAAGCAUUCUUGGCGAGGCAAUGCCGACAAGGGAGCACGCGAAAAGUAAGCAACGCAAGGCUUCUUCUAUCUGCUACUCGCAUUGCUCAUCCCAACAGAUUCCACUUCUUCUCUCCAUCCAUCCAUCCUUCGAUCGAUCACCACCAUUAACAGAUGGAGGAGGAGGAAGAAGAAGAAGAUGAUGCGUCCAAACAAAAGAAAAGAAAAGAUGCGCAUUGUCCAUCUCCAAAAAAGAAAACCCAAAAGCAACCCAACCACCGGGCCAACACCAGCAAAUCAUCCUCUCCUACUGUCCAUCUCAACACCAUUGUAAGCCAAACCACCAGAAAACACACAUACUACACACACACACACCACACCAGUUAAGUUUAUUGCCCUAUACACAAGAUACAUACACCGAUACUUUUUACCCAUUCAUUCAUUCAGUAGGUAGGUAGGAGCUCAUGUCCAUGUCAUUAGCUUAGAUCAAUCCCUGCUACCUUGUCGUCUUAGGCACUAGCAGGAGUACAUUUUUAGAGGAUGGACUUCUAAUAUUAGUCACUAUUGAUUCUUUUCAAGAUUUUGUUAUUGAUUGACUGAUGAUGAUACCGCCUGGUAAUUACAUUGUUACAAAAUUAGCUGAUUCAUUCCCACAUUGCUGUUACACCCUCCAUGCAUGAUCAUAUAUAUACAAGAUUCCUUGUUAUUUAAAAA